CUGUAGAUAACAUAACCCAGCCCGAUACAAUACAACCACCUCCUCUUCCUCAAGCCGCCAUAACAGAGUUCGACUUCGUCAGCUGCCAUAUAUAACCCCAAGGAACUCAGCAAGUUAUUUUUGUGUCACUCAGAAAUGGCUAAUCAAUUCGUGAAACGAUUAUUUCGCAACAUUUAUUAUACUAAAAAUAAGUUGAAGACACCAGAAGUGCUUACAAGGUCUGUGUAUAGUGUUCUUGAUUGUUCUCGAUCACAUUCGUCAGAAGCAGAUAAGGUAGAAGGUGAUGUGUUGAAAAAGGCCAAGGAUGCACCUCAAGUUUCUUCAAGACCUACAGUGGAGAAGAAGACAGAAAAUGACUCUGAGCUUGCCAAAUACAGCUCUGGUGAUGAUGAUGUCAGUGAUAGAAAAUGGAAAUUAGAGCUUGCUUGGCUCACCAAAGCUGUUGAACCAGCUCUGCAAUUGUGUGGGUGGGCUGUUCCAUCAGGAAACGGAGCUAGCCAUAAAUCCCCACCAAGCAGUCGAUCUGUAUCAGAGAUCCUUGCAACCAUUCAACGGAGUAAGAUUGGGAUUGAAGAUUGGAGUCUGAGUGAUCUCACAAUCGGCCUAUAUCUCAUUUAUCUCCGUCAAGCAUCUUUAAAUCCAUUUGAGGAUGUUAAGGGUGUCCAAAUUACAUCGGAAGCAAUUGUCCAAGAUCUCAUAUACCAUGUCGAGUUGGCAAAAGGCUCUUAUAAGGGUGGUGUGUCAGGGCUUGCAAGACAUAGCAUGCUUCGACAGAGCAAUAUUUUGAAAUUUGAAAAAAAUUCCAGUGUGAUGAGGCCUGGAUAUUUUAUAGGAAUUGAUCCUCGUAAGAAGCUUGUAAUUUUUGGAAUCCGUGGAACUCAUACUGUGUACGAUCUCAUCACUGACAUUGUUUCUUCAAAUGAUGAAGAAGUCACAUUUGAAGGUUAUUCAACUCACUUUGGUACAGCUGAAGCUGCUCGCUGGUUUCUUAGACAUGAGAUUGGAACCAUAAAGCAGUGCUUGGAGAAUCAUAAGGGAUAUAGGUUAAGGCUAGUAGGUCAUUCGCUUGGUGGUGCUACUGCUUCUUUACUCGCGAUAAUGCUCCGUAAAAAGUCGUUCAAAGAGCUGGGGUUUAGCCCUGACAUUGUUUCUGCUGUUGGAUAUGCAACUCCACCUUGUGUCUCCAGAGAAGUUGCUGAAAGUUGUUCAGAUUUUGUGACCACUGUGGUGAUGCAGGAUGAUAUAAUACCUAGACUAAGUAUAACUUCCCUGUCAAGGCUGAGGAACGAGAUUCUGCAAACUGAUUGGCUAAGUGUCAUUGAGAGGGAAGACUGGAAAAAUGUCUUAGAUAUGGUUACAAACGCAAAGCAGAUGGUGUCUUCAGUGCAAGAUGUAGCUCGAAAACUUGCAGAUUAUGCAAAGUUCAGAUGCAAGAAUGAUUCUUCUGAUGUUCUCAUCAGAAAGGAAUCCUCUACUUUUCCUUUCGACUCUUCAACAUCAAAAUCAACUACAGAGAAUGCCGCUGUCCUUAAGAAUGAAGAAUCUGCCGGUACAGUACCUGAGGAGCUACUUGUACCAGGGACUGUGUACUGUCUAAAGAGAGAUUUCGACACUCAGACCAGUGGCAGUGACAAGGAAGGUAGGGAAUUUUUCACACUCUGGAAAAGACAUCCUGGUGAACAUUUCCAGAGGAUAGUGCUCUCAGGCAACAUAAUUUCUGACCACAAAUGUGACAACCAUUUCCAUGCUCUACGAGAUGUACUAAAAGGCUUGCCAGGGUCAAGUGAUGAAUGGAUAUUCAGAUAGCCGAAAUCCAAAUUGUUCA